UGUAUACAACCUAACCAUACGAAAAAAUAGGCGCGAAAAGUAGCUUGACAAGUUGUUGAGAAGCAUCAUCAACAGUAAACUAAAAAUUAAUAAUAAAAGUUUGUUAAAACAGUGAAAAAUGUCGAGUCCUAUGAAACCACCGAAAACACCACGUAAUCAUGACGAUAAUGAAAAUGGUGCAAAUGGAACUCCAAAAAGAAAACCUAGAACACCAUCGUCAAAACAAAAAAUUGUUGGUACACCAAAUAAAACUCCAAGCAAACAAGGUGGAUCACAAGAUAGACCUGGUACAUCAACAGUAGCAACACCACAAAGAUGGGCAACAGUACGUACACAAGAUACAAUUGUAGCAUCAUCAGAGGGACCACAAUCACAAAACAGUUCACCAAAUCGUAUGUUACAAACAAGUCCAAUGGCAAAUGGUAUAAGUGAACUUGAUUUAUCAUCACCACUUAAUUAUGGUACACCAAGUUCACUUGGUUCAAUACGUACACCAAGAAGUGGUAUACGUGGUACACCAGUUAGACAACGUCCAGAUAUUAGAACAGAUAAAAGAAUACGUCAAGUUAAUGUCAAUGAAACAAUACCAGAAGAACAAAAUAUACAAAGAACAUCAGAAAGUGAUGCAGCUGGACCACAACUUGUUAUUUGGGGUACAAAUGUUGUUAUAAAUGAAUGUAAAGAUCAAUUUAAACGUUUUAUACAACGUUUUAUUGAUCCAGAAGCUGAAAAUGAUGAAUUACCUGGUUCAUUAAAUUUAAAUGAACCAUUAUAUUUACAAAGAUUAAAUGAAAUUAAUGCUGCUGAUGAGCCAUAUUUAAAUAUUAAUUGUGCACAUUUAGAAGCAUUUGAUGAACAAUUAUAUCAACAAUUAAUAUGUUAUCCACAAGAAGUUAUACCAACAAUGGACAUGGCUGCAAAUGAAAUGUUUUUUGAAAAAUAUCCAGCAGCAAUACUUGAACAUCAAAUACAAGUACGUCCAUUUAAUGUUGCUAAAACUAAAAAUAUGAGAAUGUUAAAUCCUGAAGAUAUUGAUCAAUUAAUAACAAUAAGUGGUAUGGUUAUUAGAACAUCAAAUGUUAUGCCUGAAAUGAGAGAAGCAUUUUUUCGUUGUAUAAUAUGUUCAUUUUCAACAUUAGUUGAAGUUGAUAGAGGAAGAAUAUCUGAGCCAACUGUUUGUACACAUUGCAAUAAUAAUUAUUGUUUUUCAUUGAUACAUAAUAGAAGUCAUUAUUCAGAUAAACAAAUGAUUAAAUUUCAAGAAUCACCAGAUGACAUGGCUGCUGGACAAACACCACAUACUGUAUCAUGUUUUGCUCAUAAUGAUCUUGUUGAUGCUGUAUCACCUGGUGAUCGUGUUGCUAUUACUGGUAUUUAUAGAGCAAUACCAAUACAACUUAAUCCAAGAAUGUCAAAUGUACGUGCUGUUUAUAAAACACAUGUUGAUGUUGUACAUUUUCGUAAACAAGAUUCAAAAAGACUACAUGAACAAGAAGAAGGUAAAGAUCAUCGUUUUCCACCAGAAAGACUUGAAAUAUUAGAACGUUUAUCAAAAAUGGAAGAUGUUUAUGAUCGUUUAGCAAAUUGUAUUGCACCAAGUAUUUAUGAAAAUGAAGAUAUUAAAAAAGGUAUAUUAUUACAAUUAUUUGGUGGUACUAAAAAAACUCAUACAACAUCUGGAAGAACUCAUUAUCGUUCAGAAAUAAAUAUAUUACUUUGUGGUGAUCCUGGUACAAGUAAAUCACAACUUUUACAAUUUGUAUUUAAUUUAGUACCACGUUCACAAUACAGCAGUGGAAAAGGUUCAAGUGCUGUUGGUUUAACUGCAUAUGUUACAAAAGAUCCAGAAACACGACAACUUGUAUUGCAAACUGGUGCAUUAGUUUUAGCUGAUAAUGGUAUAUGUUGUAUUGAUGAAUUUGAUAAAAUGAAUGACAGUACACGUUCAGUACUUCAUGAAGUUAUGGAACAACAAACAUUGAGUAUUGCUAAAGCUGGUAUUAUUUGUCAGUUGAAUGCUAGAACAAGUAUUCUUGCUGCAGCAAAUCCAUGUGAAUCACAAUGGAAUAAACAUAAAACGGUCGUUGAAAAUGUCAUGCUACCACAUACACUGAUGUCACGUUUUGAUUUAAUAUUUUUAAUGUUGGAUCCACAAAGUGAACAGUUUGAUCGUAAAUUAGCUAAACAUUUGGUUAGUCUUUAUCACAAAGAUGAACGUGAGCCAGAAGAUGAUCUUGUUGAUUUGGGUGUUUUACGUGAUUAUAUUGCAUAUGCUAAAGAACAUAUUAAACCAACAUUAAGUGAAGAAGCACAGCAAAGAUUAGUUGCUGAUUAUGUUGAUAUGAGAAGAGUUGGUAGUGGUAGAGGACAAAUAACAGCUUAUCCAAGACAAUUAGAAUCAUUGAUACGUUUGGCUGAAGCUCAUGCUAAAGUUAGAUUUAGUCAUGUUGUUGAAAUUCAAGAUGUUGAAGAAGCUUCAAGACUUCAUAGAGAAGCAUUGAAACAAUCAGCAAUUGAUCCUUUAAGUGGUAAAAUUGAUGUUAGUAUUUUAACAACUGGUGUAUCAGCAGCAGCAAGAAAACGAAGAAAUGAAUUAACUGAAGCAUUGAAAAAACUCAUUCAGUCUAAAGGAAAAGUACCAUCAGUUAAUUAUCAAAAAACAUUAACUGAAAUGAAAGAAUCAAUGCAAAUUCUGGUGACACGUGAUAUGUUUGAAGAUUCAUUGAAAGAGCUUCAAGAUAAUGGUGUUGUUAUUGUCGUUGGAAGAAAUACAAUUCGCAUAUGUUAACAUUUACAUGGACCAACCUGGUGACACGUGAUAUGUUUGAAGAUUCAUUGAAAGAGCUUCAAGAUAAUGGUGUUGUUAUUGUCGUUGGAAGAAAUACAAUUCGCAUAUGUUAACAUUUACAUGGACCAACGUAUGUUUUAUUAACUAUUAAUAAUUUUUUACUAUUGAUAAUUUUUAUAUUUACUCAUUUUUUGAAUGUACGUCAAUGAGUUUUGAUUUCUAUUUAUUAUUUUCAAAUCAUCACGUGUGUUGAUGUGCAUUUUUAUGUCAUUCAUCUAAUCUUUCGUUAUUCCAUAUUUUUUUUAUCACUUAGUGCCUCUAA